AUGUUGACAUUGGGCUUGAGAUUCCUUCUCCAGCCGCAGGGCCCCGGAACUCCGGCCACUCAAUGCGGGACGCUGCUCCGCCAGUGUCUGGUCUCUGGCUUCUCGGACGGUGCCGCUCCGAGCGGCGGGCUGCCUGUCAUCCGCAUCCCCCAGAAGACGCGGCUGCGGGUGGAGCGGAGGCUGAAGCGAGUGGCGGGGAGCAAGGUGCCGGCGCUGAGGCUGGCCAGACCGGGGCGGCUACUCAUCAUGGGCAAGCGGCCUGAGCUGAACCAGCACGCCGGGUACACGUUCGCCAAGUUCGACACGGUGCCCCUGGUCUCCAAGGGCUGGAAGCACAGGAAGGCGGCAGGAGAUUAUUUUGUUAUUAACAACACCCGGAGCCAGCCACCCUCUUGUCCGGGAGAGGAGCAGUGGGAGAAGCCGCGAAGUUUCAGCUCGCUGGGGCUAUGCAAGGAGCUGCAGGACGCCCUGGACGGGAUGGGUAUUUCCCAGCCUAACCGCCUGCAAGUCCGGACCAUUACCGCUCUGUUGAGGGGGAACAAUGUGCUGUGUGCGGCCGAGACCGGCAGCGGUAAGACCUUGAGCUAUCUCCUGCCCAUCCUGCAGAGCCUGACCCGAGAGAGGGCGGUAGGGGAAGCCCGCGAGAGUGACGGGCUGCGCGGCCUGGUGGUGGUUCCCUCUCGGGAGCUGGCCGAGCAGCUCCAGCGAGUGGCCCGAACGCUGGCCGCUGACUUGAAGUUGAACGUGCGGGCGGUGUGCGGCGGCCGGGGUAUGGGCAAGUUGAAGCUGAGUCUGUCCCGAGGGCCCAUCGACCUGCUGGUGACCACGCCCGGGGCGUUCUGGAAAGCACUAAGGAGAGACUUGGUCAGCCUGGGCGGCCUGAGCUACCUGGUGCUGGAUGAAGCGGACACUCUGUUCGAUGAAAGUUUCGUGGACCUGCUGGAGGGUAUCCUCCGGCACUGCCAGAUUGCGAGCCAUCGCCGGGAGAGCGGUGGACCGGGGAGGAAAGCCCAGCUGGUGGUGACAGGAGCCACUUUCCCAGGCGGAGUGGGGGAACUGCUCAGCAAGGUCACUGACCUGGGCAGCAUCAUCACCAUAAAGAGCAAGGAGCUGCACCGCAUCAUGUCCCAUGUCAAACAGAAAUUCCUGAAGGUCAAGCGGACGGAUAAAGCCAGUGACUUGCUGCAAAUGCUAAAGGAGUUGGUGGUGCAGAAAGCUGGCAUUCUGGUGUUUUGCAACAGUGCCUCAACAGUUAAUUGGCUUGGCUAUGUCCUAGACGAUCAUGGGAUCAAACACUCCCGUCUCCAAGGAAGCAUGCAAGCUGCGAAACGCAGUGGCAUCUUCAGCACCUUCCAGCAGGGGCUGAUAGAUGUACUUCUCUGCACUGACAUUGCAUCUCGUGGAUUGGACACUCAGAGGGUGGGUGUUGUAAUUAAUUACGACUUCCCCCUGACUCUGUGUGACUACAUACACCGCGCUGGGCGAGUGGGCCGGGUUGGCAGCAAGGUUGUGGGCACCGUCGUUAGUUUUGUGACACAACCCUGGGAGGUUGAACUGGUCCAAAAAAUUGAGACUGCCGCUCGGCAGAAGCUGGUGCUGCCUGGUCUGGAGUCUGAAAUCAAGCGACCUGCAAAGAAAAGCAUAGCAGAACAAUUGAACCAAAACAGAAAUGAACUCUCUCCAGAACCUUUUGUAGAAUCGUGACUGUAGCAGCUUGAUUUUGUCAUUAAAUAUUAUUUAAGUGAAA